GCUCCACCAGUUACAGUAUCGCUGCUCAAGCCAGCUGCUGUGAAUCCUUUGCUGAUAUGGAUACUACCCCUGGCGUCCAGCGCAAGUGAAGUUGCCUUGUUGGGCGAGUCGAAGCAAGGGAAACUCACUGGACCGAUGACUAUCUGGAUGGAUAACCUCGUGUAAGAUUAAUUGUUCAGCCAUGUCCAAAAGCCUGAAGAAGAAGAACCACUGGACUAACAGAGUCCACGAGAUUGUUUUAGGCAGGGAUUUGGAGCGAGAGCUCGGGUUCGAGUUGAAGGGGGGCGCCGAAAAUGCACAGUUCCCUUACAUUGGAGAGGUGCGACUGGGCAAGGCGGUCAACCAGAGCGGCAAACUUUCUCAAGACGAACUACUCUUGGAGGUCAAUGACACACCGGUGGCCGGAUUAACCAUCAGGGAUGUGCUCGCCGUGGUCAGACAUUCCAAAGAUCCCGUCCGUCUCAAGUGUGUCAAACAAGGGGGUGUCGUUGAUAAGGACCUCCGCCGCUACCUCAGCCUGCGUUUCCAGAAAGGCUCGUUGGACCACGAGCUGCAGCAGAUCAUCCGGGACAACCUCUACCUCCGAACUGUGCCCUGCACGACCAGGCAACCCAAGGAAGGCGAGGUCCCGGGGGUGGACUACAACUUUGUGUCUGUUGAGCGGUUCAUGGAACUGGAGAAAAGUGGGGCCCUGUUAGAGAGUGGAACUUAUGAGGAUAACUACUACGGGACGCCCAAGCCCCCGUGCGAGCCCACGCCGCUGCUGCUCGAUGUAAGCGACCGCCUGUUACCGGGCGCCAGACCCAGCUCCCAGGGCAAGCGGAGACGCAACAAGUCCGUCAGCAACAUGGAGAAGGCCGGCAUCGACCCACCCGAAGAGGAGGAGGAGGAAAGGCCCGUCGUCAACGGCAACGGCGUCGCUCUCACCCCAGAGUCCAGCGAGCACGAGGACAAAAGCACAGACGCCUCCGGCGAGAUGCCCCCCCAGUCGACUCUGAGCGACACCCCCGCCACGGACGCCCCCAAGGAGGACGACGAGGCCCCCCCGCCCGCCCCCGGCCCCGCCAAACCCGACGAGAACGAUGAGCUGGGCCCACUCCCCGACAACUGGGAGAUGGCCUACACCGAGAAGGGCGAGGUCUACUUCAUUGAUCACAACACGAAGACCACAUCAUGGCUGGACCCGCGACUGGCCAAGAAGGCAAAACGGCCGGAAGAGUGCCGAGAGGAUGGUCAGUUUUCCCCCUGGAAGACCCCCAAACAGGUCCUGGAGCAGUGGGAGGCGCAGCAGGCCCACGGCAGCCAAGCGCAGACCAGCCUGCCGGCCUCGGCCUCCGCCACACUCCCCCUGAGCUCCCCCUCCUUCCCCAACCCCCUCCUGCACCGGGCGCCCGUGCCCCUGCCUGACCCCACGGGGGCCUGUGACCCCUACGAGCUCAUCAGGCCUGACCCCUAUGACCUGUACGAGAAGUCGCGGGCCAUCUAUGAGAGUAGGCAACCAGGGCCCCCGCGGACUGCCUACUCCGCAGAACCUUCCGGAGCAGAGUUUCAGGAAGUGGAGGUGCACUUGCGCCGGCAGAAGUCCGGCUUCGGCUUCCGGAUCCUGGGUGGAGACGAGGCAGGACAGCCUGUGAGUCCGGACGCUUGUGAGAAGAUCCUGAUUGGGGCCAUCAUCGAGAAGAGCCCCGCUGACCAGGAUGGCCGGUUGCGGCCCGGGGACGAGCUGGUGUCGGUGGACGGCAUCUGCGUGGCGGGCAAGCCGCAUCGCUACGUCAUUGACCUCAUGCACGGCGCCGCCCGCAAUGGCCAGGUCAGCCUGACUGUCCGACGGAGGAAGCCAGGCCCAGGAGAAGCCUGUCUGGAGAACGGCCGCAGUCCCGGUUCCGUCUCUACCCAGCACAGCUCCCCCCGGAGCGACUUCACUUCCGGAACCUUCCCCAGCAGCGUGGGCACGGUGCCUCCUCACGGUAGUGGCGCCCCGGCCUCCUCCUCCGGCUCCGCGGUAGCGCCCGGUGCUGUUACCGGGUCCGGGCAGCAGGACCCGGGCCUGGCCAUAGUGCCACCCAACGCCCAGCCCAGCGAUGUGGUCAUCCACCGCAAGGAGACGGAAGGGUUCGGUUUCGUCAUCAUCAGCUCGCUCAACCGGCCCGAGAACACGGCUGCCAUCAGUGAGUGUCCUCUGCUGCUGCAGGACUUCGACUUCUUCACGGUGGAGCUGGAGAAGAGUGCCAAAGGCUUCGGGUUCAGUAUCCGCGGCGGCCGCGAGUACAAGAUGGACCUGUUCGUGCUGAGGCUAGCUGAGGAUGGCCCUGCCCUGCGCAACGGGAGGGUGCGCGUUGGAGAUCAGAUCAUUGAGAUUAACGGCGAGACCACCAGGGACAUGACCCACGGCCGCGCCAUCGAGCUCAUCAAGUCGGGAGGGCGACGCGUGCGCCUCCUGCUCAAGAGGGGCACGGGCCAGGUGCCAGAAUAUGACAACCCCGCCCCCUGGGAUGCUCACCCUACAGCCUCCCCAAGUCUGUCGGAAGUAGCAGCGCCGACCCUGGACAGCGCCCGGUCCAAUCCAUCGCCUCCAUCUCACCUGAGCCCGCCCCCGGACCCGCCUCUCCUGCUGCCGUCGCCCCUGGAGACGGUGGUAGCGGCGGCGGCGGCGGCCGAGCGCUCGCAGAGCCCCUGGGGGGCCGAGACGGGGGUGGUGGUGGGGGACCAGGCGGCCGGGGCCCCGGGACAGAGGCUGCCCGCCCACCACGGCGGCAGCUUGAGGGCCAGCCAACAGUCGGACGGCGGUGGCAGGACCGCCCAGCAGCAGGGUGGCGGAGCGGCAGGGCGGGGGGGGCAGCUGGAGGCCCUGGGCGGCGGAGGGGCCGGCGAGCCGCUGGAGUCCAAGGCCUCCAAAAGCAGCCGGGCGCGGUCGAAGGAGCGCAGGGACGGGCGCGGCUCCAGCGCUAGCGGCACCUCCGGCAGGAAGAGGGCCGACGCGGCCCGCUCGCCGUCCAGGGGCCCCAGGCCCUGCCACACGGACUCCAGCCUGAACGGAGGCGCCUCGGGCCCAGGCACCGGCACCGUCCCCGUCGGCAGCAACGGCGGCAACAACGGCGGCCCCGACACCCCCGCCAGCCAGCAGAGGGCGGAGCACAAGGCCCAGCUGCGGGAGCUGGAGCGGGGCGGGAAGGAGAGCCGCGGAGGUGGCCACCACGCCACCAAGAGCUCCGGCACGUCGGGCCGCAAGGCCACCGUCUCCCCCGGGCCCUGGAAGAUCCCCGGCUCGGAUAAGCUGCCCAGCACCCUGCGCUCUGGGUCCUCCACUGUGAGCAGAUAACACCCCUGUACACACACACACACACACACAUACACACGCAGAUACACGUACACACACACACACACACACACACACACACACGUACACACACACACACA